AUGGCAGCAUCCAAAGUGACAAUGAAGCUGACAAUCGACACAAAUAGCAGAAGAGUUAUGUUCGCUGAGGCGGGGAAAGAAUGUGUUAAUUUCCUGUUUCACAUUCUGGCAUUGCCAAUAGGCAGUGUCAUUAGGCUUCUCACUACAAAAGGGAUGGUUGGCAGCUUAGGUAACUUGUAUGAGAGCCCUGAGAAUCUUGAUACCAAGUAUAUUCAAUCACAUCAGAACAAGGACAUUCUCUUGAAACCAAAAUCUUUAGCCUGGAAUGACUCUUCAAUCCCUCUGUUUCUUCUUACAAAUUCCCCUGCAAUUGAAAGACAAUUUUAUAGGUGCCCUUACCAUAACGAUUAUGUCACUGAUGAUCCUCGAACAACUUGCCCUUCGACCUCUGAACCUAUCAAUACAAAUUUAACGUAUCAUCACAUUCAGGGAUCCGCUGUAAAAAUUAUUGAUCAUGUGAGUACUGAUGGUCCUCGAACGCCUUGUCCUUCGAGCUCAAAAGUAAGAGCCAGAAAAGGUAAAAAGAAGAGAGAGACAUUAAGAAAAAAUGACUGCAAGUACGUGAGUGGGAGUAAUCCUUCGUGCAGUGGAACUAUGAAUAUGAAUGUGGGAUAUGUCGCACCCCCUGCAGUGAAUGUCACGUAUACUUCGAUUUGUGGCCGAUCUAUGAAUACAAAAUUGGAUUAUGUCGCACCCUCUGGAGAAAAUGAGCUUGGAUUGCAUGGAGGUAUGGUAAAGGGGGUUGUCACUUACAUGGUGUCAGAUGAUUUAGUUGUAAAACCUAUGUCCGUAAUUUCAAGCAUCACUCUGCUGAAAGAAUUCAGCAUCAAGGAUGUAAGUUGUCUCGAAGAGAAAGUUGUUACUCUGGGCAUGGAUGAGGCCCUGAAGCUGCUGAAGUCUUCGCUGCAAUCGAAGAGUCCAUCUUGCUUCUGUUUCACAAGUAUGGCAGUGUCCAAAGUAACAAUGAAACUUCUCAUCGACACCAAAAGGAAAAGAGUCAUGUUUGCAGAAGCGGGGAAAGAAUGUAUCGAUUUCCUAUUUCACAUUCUUGCAUUGCCAAUAGGCAGUGUCAUUAGGCUGCUGACGACCAAAGGAAUGGUUGGCUGCUUGGGUAACUUGUACGAGAGCCUCGACAAUCUAGAUGAUACGUAUAUUCAACCAAAUCAGGACAAGGACAUCCUCUUAAAACCAAAAUCAGCAGCCUACGCUACUUCAGGUCCUUUGUUGUUGCACACAAGCUCCCCUGUUAACAAACAGUUUUAUAAGUGCUUUCAGCAUCUUUACAUGUCUGAUAAUCCAGGAACGUGUUGUCCUUCGUGCAAUAGAACUAUGAACAAAAUUCUGGACUAUGUAGCACCCGCCGUGGAUAAUGAGGUAGCUUCAAAUGGAGGUUUGGUGAAGGGGGUUGUAACUUACAUGGUGUUGGAUGACUUGUCUGUGAAGCCAAUGUCCACUAUUUCCAGCAUCACUCUGCUCAAUGAAUUCUCCGUUAAAGAUGUUGGGGUACUUAAAGAGAAAGUUGUUACUCUUGGAAUGGAUGAGGCUUUGAAGAUGCUGAAGACUUCGCUGCAGUGCAAGAGUGUCUUGACCAGGGUCUUCAUGGACAGCACAAAUGAAUAA